UCACACUACAUAAAACCCUAUCUUCAUUCUCUUGUUUCGUCUAAAACCCGCAUAACAUCAAAGGCUCUUUGAACAGGUUUAAAUGGCCACAUUACAAAAUUUUCUCUCAUCAUCUUUAACAUACAAUCUACCAAAGAAAAUGUCAUCUUCAGCUUUCUUACACCUGAGCACCUCUAUCAUACGUGCUCGCAAUCCCCUCUUUCUUCCUUUUUCUUCCCCGCCCGCCCUCUCCCUCCGCUUCCACCGUUACACUUCCUCUACCGCCGCCCUCGACACACUUAACGCCAACACCGUUGCCGCUGAGCCUCAAUCCCACCCCUGGCCCGAAUGGGUCACUUUCAUUGACAGAUUAAAGUGCAAAGGUUACUUUGUUGAAGCUAAUAAUACUGUCACUUCCGGUGCUGGCAAUGAUUAUAAGGACAUGAAUUUUGUGAAAGACGCUUGCAUUAGCUUUGCUCGUGACCGUUUCGAUCUUUUCAAAUUGUUAUCUACUGAUGAUAUUGAAACGGUUGUGGGGAGUGGAUGUCCUAAUGUUCUACGAAAAUCCGUUAAUUCAGCUAAAAGGUUGAGAGCCCAUGUUCAUCUCGACGAAGGGGAAGUUUGUGGUGCUUGCAAUCUGCGUGGUUCUUGCGACAGAGCUUACGUGAUACUAAAGGAAUCUGAAGCAGCUGCUCGUACUGUGGACAUCGUGCGUAUAUUAUUAUCUUAUGCCCUUGAUCCCCUUGUUAUUUCGGAGAGAGAGAAACCUCCUGGUAGAGAGCAUAUUGAUGCAUCUGCAAGGAAUCUACUUUCAGACUUGACAAAAUUGAGUGAGACGUCAUGUGAUGCUGAAAUUCCUAAGCUUGCUGCUAAAGCUCGUCCUCGGAAGGAAAAACAAAUUAGUGGCAAUGAUGAUGCAGAGUUUAAAAAUGUUGAAAUGAAGAGAGGAGAUUGGAUGUGUCCCAAAUGUAACUUUUUGAACUUCUCUAGAAAUCUGCAAUGCCUAAAAUGCAAAGAAGGUGGCCCUAAAAAUGUUCGUGGAGAAGAAAUUGAGAUGAAGAAAGGAGAUUGGCUUUGCUCAGAGUGCAGUUUCAUGAACUUUUCUAGAAAUACAAGGUGCUUAAAGUGUAAAGCAGAGGGUCCAAAGAGGGUUGCCACGGAUGAUGUCCAAAUGAAGAAAGGGGAUUGGAACUGCCCAGGGUGUGGAUUUAUGAAUUUUGCGAGUAAUAGGAAAUGUUUACGCUGCAAAGUGGCAAGGCCCAAGAGACAGUUAAAUCCUGGAGAAUGGGAAUGCCCUUCAUGUGAUUUCUUGAAUUACAGAAGGAACCAGGUUUGUCUAAAGUGCAAACAUGAACGCCCUGAAGAAGCAACAAAUGAGUAUGAUGAGCACACAUGGAAGAGACCUCAGCGGUCCUAAUAACAUGAAGCCUUUGGUAUUUGAGUACCAUUCUUCAAAGUGCGCAAUGGUAAGUGAUUGCUGUCUGCUGAAUGUUUGUCAAAGCCUAUGGCAUGCUUUUGAGUUUUGGGUUCACAUAGUAUAGUUGUAGUUUGCCAAUUUUUGCGGUUACAAUGUAUCAUGCAAAUGUUUACACUUAUGCAGGAUGAUGGAAAGUUUACGGUUUUUCUUUUC